AUGAUCAGCGGCGGCUGGGUGUGCGCUCUGCACGUGCGCACGGCGGGCCUCGGCGGUGCCGCGCUGGGCUCCGACGAAGAGGAGAUCGUCUACCUCGCCUAUGUUGUUAUUGAUGUGCUCACGAAUCAGGUAAGCGAACAAAAACAUGUUAAAACAGCGCUCAACCAUCCAUUGACACCUCCAACUUCAAAAUUGGUCAUACACCUAGUAACUACGGCCAAAAGAUUGAUUGAAAUGAGUAUGAGCGUGAACAAAUACAACUUGUUGAGUGUAGGAGCGGCGUAA